CCCUAGCCGCUUCUUCCCUUCUUAUUUCUUUUUCUCUGGUGCCCCCUUGUGUGAGGAAGGAAGACCAGCAAUGGCCGAGGGGAUAGGAGGAGAUGACAAGGCUCAAGCAACGCCAAUGAUAUCUCUUACUGGAGGAACACCAAAAAUGAAUCUGCAACAAGCAGUACGUGAUGGUCGUGAAGAGGUGUUGAGACAAUGGCUGGGUCAGCUAACAGUAAAGAAGAAGAAGAAGAUGCUUAUCAAUGCAUACGACUCUUUUGGCUUCACUGCUAUGCAUUAUGCUGCUAGAUUCAAUCGCUUUAAAAUGAUGCAACUCCUUAUUGCUAAUGAUGCCAAUCCAGAGGUGCGUACAGAAGAAGGCCUCACUCCAUUACAUUAUGCUGCACGCUACACUCCACUCCACUCUAAGACUGGAGGAGAGAAUGAAGAGGACUCUGCAGCUCCAGUCACUCUUCGUUCAACAAGCAAACAAAUCCUUCAAGUCCUAAUUGCUGUCUGCCACGUUGAUAUCAAUGUCAAAGAUCAAGAUGACCUUACCCCUCUCCAUCUUGCCUGCAUGCGGGGGAACCGAGUUGCU